CCGUCACUCACAGAGACAGGUGUGUUUCUCAGCAGCGAAAGUUUAUUCGCGAUAUUAAAAUCUACUUUCCGCAGCUCGCGCGCGACGGCAGGCUUUUAUUUCGCUUCAGUAAAUUACUUUUCACAAACACCUGCACGAAUCGACGAUAAAAAAAAAACGGCUUCGGUUGAUUCCUGUCAGCGGAGUUCCCGCGCCGACCGAACGGAGGCAUUUCUUCGUGAGGAAAACCACAGGCGGUGAAAUGAAACUUCCCUCUCCGGAACCGCGAGCAGGAAAGGCUGGAAAAAGCGGAAAUAAACAGUCGCCGAAAGAGGAACUGCAGUUAUGGGCGGAAUAGGGGACUAGUGCGUACUAGAAACAACAAGACGAGCCGCACUAGCUCGAGUGAGGAUGUGGAUCACUCCUGAAGAAGUCGCGCUAAAAAACGCGCUCAAGCUCUGGGUGACGAACAGAUCCAACGAUUACUUCCUUCUGCAGCACCGACGAGGACACGGAGACACCGGGGGGAAAAUCACAGGUUUGCUGGUGGGAGCUCUGGACACCGUGUUGGACUCGAAUGCUCGCGUGGCCCCGUUCCGGAUCGUUCUUCAUGUUCCGGGGUCACAGGUCAGCUGGAGCUCAUUUUAUUUUAUUAUCUGUGUGUACUCUCUUCCAGGAGCCUCGAUAGAGGAGGUUCAGAAGCACUGGAAAUGGCUGGAUCAGAACCUGCUGCCGUACAUGGCUGUGUUUGAGAAUAAAGAAGACGCAGCCAGUUUCGUACAGGGCAAAGUGAAGGGUUUGAUCGCGGAGGAGGUUCUGGGCGGCCAGGCUGCUCACGAGGACGAUCCAGCUCGCUUCAGGGAAGAUCUGGCUCGGUUCGAGCAGCGCUUCGGCCUCCCUGCACGAGAGAAGCUGGUGACGCACUACUCCUGCUGCUGCUGGAAGGGCCGUGUUCCCCGCCAGGGCUCGCUCUACCUCAGCACCAACCACGUCGCCUUCUACUCCUUCCUGCUCGGCAAAGAGGUGAAGCUGCUGGUCCCGUGGGCUGAGGUGACGCGGCUGGAGCGCGUGUCGGUGGGGCUGCUGACGGACGUGAUCCGCGUUCACACCCGACGGAAGCAGAGGGAUUUCUCCAUGUUUCUGAACGUGGACGAGGUGAUGAGGGUCAUGUGUCAGCUGGCUGAUAUCGCCCUCUGCAGGCUGCUGGACAGCGGAGGACUCACGCUUGACCAGACGCUGCUGGAGUCCACCAGCAUCACCAAGAGGGUGUUGGAGGAACAGGCUCUCAGGCAGUAUGUGCUCUCUCUCUUCGGCUUGCCACGGGCCGAGCGCCUACAGGAAGUGAUGUCAUGCUCGGUUUGGACCCCUCAUGCCCGCUGCCACACGCCGGGCACGCUCUACACCACAGACGGGUAUCUGUGCUUCAGCAGCCGUGAGGAGGGCCAGUGUACUCUCAUCAUACCCCUGGCAGAGAUCCUCUCCAUGGAGAAGCCGGAGAGCACCAGCGCUCUUCCUCACCCGGUCAUCAUCAGUGUCCGGUGUAAGCGGGCGUUCCAGCUGAUCGAGCUGCUCCGUCGGGACGAGCUGGUGGAGAGCGUCAGGCACCGGCUCCGAGAGCUACACUGGAAACAGAACCUGAUCCGCGGACACGACCAGCGCAAGAAGUCCUCAAUCUCCACCACACCCUACUACACCUUCUGUUACGACACCGUCCAGUCAGACGAGGAGGACAGCAGCUCCGUCAUCUCUGAUAAAGCUCUGCGUCACACCGUCCACACAGAGUCCACAUUCCACCCCGGCCAAUCAGACGCUCCGAACAAGACCUGUAACACGGAGCAGGUUCGAGAGCGUCUGUGGGAGGAUCACUUCACGGAGUUCGGCCGCGGCGUCCACAUGUUUCGCACAGAUAAAAUCCGUAAGCUGGUGGCGCUGGGCAUCCCCGAGUCCCUGCGUGGAGAGCUGUGGCUCAACUUCUCCGACGCGUGUUCCUCGCUGGCGGCUCAUCCCAGCUAUUACACAGAUCUUCUGGAGAAAUGCAGAGGAGAGACCAGCAUCGCUACCGAGGAGAUCGAGCGAGACCUGCACCGCUCGCUGCCCGAGCAUCCAGCCUUCCAGAACGAGACGGGGAUCUCAGCGCUGCGCCGCGUCCUGACCGCCUACGCCUUCAGAAACCCCGCCAUCGGCUACUGCCAGUCCAUGAACAUCCUGGCGUCUGUGAUGCUGCUGUACACUAAAGAAGAGGAAGCGUUCUGGCUGCUGGUCACUGUGUGUGAGCGGAUGCUGCCCGACUACUUCAACCGCAGGGUCAUCGGAGCUCAGGUGGAUCAGUCGGUGUUCGAGGAGCUGAUCCGUGAGCGUCUGCCGGAGCUGUCCGAGCGUGUUCCUGACCUCUCUCCGCUGGCCUCGGCCUCUCUCACGUGGUUCCUGACUCUGUUCCUGAGCGUUCUGCCCUUCCGCAGCGCUCUCUGUGUCCUCGACUGCUUCUUCUACCACGGCAUCAGAGCCGUCUUCCAGAUCGCGCUAGCGGUGCUCGACGCUAACUCUGCUGAGCUGAGCUCCUGCAGCGACGACGGACACGCCCUCAUGAUCCUGACCAGUUUCCUGGAGCAGGUCAGACACGAGGACGAGUCAGAGGUCAGUCCUGAAGACGCAGGAGCUGCUCUUCAUCUCAGCAUCACCACGCUCAUCACUGAAGCGUACGAGAAAUUCGGCGGCGUGACGGUGAAGCAGGUGGAGAUGCUGCGAUGCCGCCACCGCGUUCAUGUGCUGCAGGCUCACGAGGACACCACCAAAGACAACGCUCUGCGUCUGGUCACUCCGGAUGUGUCUCUGUCUCCUGAAGACCUGUCCGAGCUCUACGACCUCUUCAAGACGGAGCACUUGAUCAGUCUGUACUGGUCCGAGGGCUCUUCGUCGUCGUCUCCUCCUCUUCCUCCGGCGGCGGCCGGCGGCUCGGACCGAUACGUGCUGGACCGAGCUCAGUUUAAGAGUGUGUACGAGCUGCUGACUCCGUGGAGCUGCGGGCCGCACACGGACACCGUCGCCCAGCGGGCCUUCACCCUGCUGGACCAGCACCGAGACGGACUCGUCAGCUUCCCGCAGCUCGCUCAGAUGAUGGACGUUCUGUUCUGUGCUGAGCUGAGCGAGAAGAUCCGGCUCCUGUAUCGCCUUCACGUCCCUGCAGCUCUGAGUGAAGAUGCAGAAGACCUGUCUCCUCUGAAGAGUCCUGUGUUGUCCAGCACCAGACCUCUUUAUGUCAACCUGCCCAACGGAGAGAGGAAGAGUUAUGAAGAGCAGCUGCAGCAGAUGCUUCAGGACCUGAAAAGAGGAAAGGAGAAGAACGAGAAGCCUCUUCCUCACAUGAACCAGCGGCAGUUCAUCCAGUUCUGUAAGACGCUCUACAGCAUGUUUCAGGGCGAGCCGGGCGAGGCCGAGCUCUUCCAGGCCAUCGGGAUGGUGGCCAGCCUGGUGCUGCAGAUCGGAGAGGCUCAUCAGAGCGGGCCGAGCCGGAGCGAGGAGCACUGGGCCGCCAGCUUCGAGCAGAUCCUGGCCUCCUUGCUGACCGAGCAGGUGCUGGUCAACUUCCUGGAGCGGCCCGUGGAGCUGAGCGCUAGAAUGAGCGCCGCCAAGCCCCGGCAGUAUCAGGAGCGCGCCGGGCUGCUGAUGAUCUCGUCCUGAGGUGAGCCGGACUCCCUCGCCCGCUGAGCCAGCUCUCUCUCUCUCUCUCUCUGUGUGUGUGUGUGUGUUCAUCAGUAUUCAGCUCUGCUGCGGAGAUCAACUCAAAACCUCACCGACCGCAUGAAGGAAGCAUCUAUUACUAGACCUGGUCCUGAAUCAGUUUAUAAACGGUCUUUCAGCAUCGUCUAGCGUCUUAUUUCUGCUCUAAACGUCUUUUUAAGUUAAUGAACAUGAAGUCGUGCUUUUUGACAAAAGGUCAUGACUUUUUAAUCUUGUAGUUCUGAUUUAUUUUCUUGCAGAAUUGUUUUUUUUUUUUCUACCCCUAAGAAACUAUAACUUGUAGUUUAUCUCACGACCCUGCGAUCGGAUGAAGUGUGUUUUUUGUUCAUAAAAAUAGCAUUCUUUUCCCUUUUAGGUUCAAUAAAUGAAUUUUUCUAACGGCCAAAGGGGUUCUUUAAGCAAAACCUUUCCAGAAAACACAGGUUUUGAGGCUCCAGUAAAUCUUGAAGCGAUGUUUAGAUGUUUGCUGAGACAGAAAUGGAAGAACGUUUUUCUCAGCGUGUUAAAGUCUGCUGGGUGAUCCUCUGAACAAACAGAGCGCUCUACUUUUAGUUUCUUACAUGUAUUUGAUAUACGGUUGUCUUUCUCUUAAGUGCCUUAACCUUCAGCUUUAGCUAAACGUGGUGAAAUCCAAAGGGACCAGGUUCAAUGCUGUGAGAAUCAAGAGUCCACUUUUCAGAAGAUGUAGCGUUAUAUAUUUAUGAUCGGAGGAAACAAUCAGACCUCAAGGCUUCCUGAUGAACUACAGCUUUAAAGGAGUUCAUGUGAUCUGUGUUCUUCUGCUGAUCCUGUUCUCUCACAAGAAAUAAAUCAUCCACAAACACAA